AUGGCUCCAAUGAAGUGCCCAGCUCCUGUGGAAAUCACCUACAAGAAUACGUUUCCUUUUUACAUACAUUUCCUUAAUUCAAAUAAUGUAACCUUAAACAAAUUUAUAGAGGAACUUAAGAAGUAUGGAGUUACCACAAUUGUAAGAGUAUGUGAAGCUACUUAUGACAUAACCCUAGUGAAAAAAGAAGGCAUCCAGGUUCUGGGUUGGUCUUUUGAUGAUGGAGCACCACCAUCCAACCAGAUUGUUGAUGACUGGCUAAACCUGGUGAAAACUAAAUAUUGUGAAGAACAUGGUGGUUGCAUUGCUGUUCACUGUGUUGCAGGCUUUGGGAGAGCUCCAGUACUUAUUGCCCUUGCACUAAUAAAAGGAGGAUUGAAGUAUGGAGAUGUACUGUAG